GUUAGAGCACCACCUUUGUGUCCUCCCCGCCCACCAAAAUCAGAUCUGCCCCCCCACACACACCACCCAUCAGCCAGCAUUGUCACAAGUCUGUUAACCACCAGGACAGCCAGCAGCGUUGGGAGCCCCUGUGUUCCUCAGACAGGAUGAUCCUCCUACUACUGCUCACCUCCACGCUCCUGUCCAGCUACUUCCAUCCAGGGAGAGUGGUGGACGCACAGAGCACUUUCACAAUAAGAACCAUCAACCUGUCCAUCGAGCCCAGUAAUGACGUGACCCGGGACACCAAUGUGACGCUGAGAUGCCAGGCCACUGUCUGGAGCAAUGUGCCGGGGGCGCUGAGUCGUAAGUACACUAUAUACAAGGACGGCAACGCCAUCCACACCAAGAGCUGCAGCACCUCGGAGGAUCUGGUGUACCCUCUGUCAGAGGUCAGAGUCUCCAACUACGGCAAAUACACGUGCAAGAUCAACAUCAAAGAGGAACAGUUGACCAGCGUAGCCAAGAAACUCACAGUAACAGGCCAGUCAAAGCCAGUUAUCCACCUUAACAAGAAUGAGGUCAGUGAAGGGGAGGCGAUAACGGCCAGGUGUACAGCGCCUGGUGAGACAGGCUCCAUAUUCUUCUACUUCUACAAGGACGCCACAGAGAUCAUGGAAAAACAGGCCAACUCUAGCCAUGCAGAGGUUCAGCUACAUGUCAGCAGCGUUGGCAAACACAAAAUCCACUGUACCUAUACUGUCCUCGUUACGCCAGAGUCCUUCAAGUCCGAGGAAAGCAACACUCUCACUGUUUCAGUCACAGAGCUUCCUAUCACAGCAGUUUUGGAGAUCUUACCCCAGUCCAGGAUCUAUGAAGGAGACCAACUCUACAUCUCGUGUAGCAUCAGAAGUGGUAUGCGCGGCUUUCAAAAUACCGAUGUCUACCUGAGCCAGGGGGACCAGCUCCUCAGCAGCGGACACACCAAGGUCAACCACAGCAAGGUGGCCCUGGCCAAGGACCCUGGGAAGUUUGAGUGCACAUUACAUAUGGGAAAAGUAAGGAAAUCCGACACAAAGACGAUUUCAGUGACUGAGCUGUUUUCGGUGCCCACUCUCACCGUGUCUCCUGCUGAAGUCUUUCAUAGGGAAUAUAUGACAUUAUCCUGUAAAAGUGAGAGCUCUGCCUCUGAAAGACUCGCCAGGGGAGAGUUGACUUACACUCUUGAGCCACUGGGAAACCGACUGAUUAACAAAGGCCCUGGAAUAUUUUCUGGCAAUACCCCACCGAAUGAUUUGAACUAUACCUGUGUAGCUCGAGCCAAGGGCAUCAUGAAGCACAGUGAAACCCUGACUAUCCGUCCUAAAACUUCUGUCUCCUCUCCAAAGAUCUCGGUGGUUGGCAGAGCAGUCCUAGGACAGCCCUUCAAGAUCCUCUGUCAGUCGGACAAUGGCAGCCUGCCUAUAAACUACACCCUGCUGUGGGGGUACGACCAACUGAACACUACCGUUGUCAAGCAGCCUUCUCAACAAGCUUUGUUCACAGUCAGCAUCACGAAGCCUGAUGAAAUAAGCAAGUACAUGUGCGAGGCAAAGAAUCGCCACAAGGAAGCCCUGCGCAGUAGAAGACUCAACGCUACAGUCAUAGUGCCUCUGACCUCCCCAUUUCUAACUGUCAUCCCAGACCUACCAGAAAUAUCUGAGGGAGUUGAUCUCAUCCUCAUAUGUGGUGUUCAAGGCACUCCACCGGUCACCUUUAAGUUUUACCGUGUUGGCAACGACCUGCCGCUGUACACCACCACCUCCAACAGGAACCACACAGACUACCCGGUCCACGGUUUGUCUAAAGAGCAAAGCGGGAUAUACUACUGCGAGGCUGUCAACCACGCCAGAAAUGUCGUCUACAGUGACCCGGUCACCAUAGAGGUGCGCAUGGCGUUGUGGAAAAAAGUGGUGAUCGGCGGUUUCUGUCUCCUGGCAUUGUCUGUGUUGGCGGUAGUGUGUGUGCUGUGCUUCAGAUCCAAGAGAGGUAAAAGACGACCAACUGCUGAAUUGUCAGUAAAGCCUUCGAGCCCUAAAUCAGAUGACCCGUUAACAGUGAAUCUAACCCACGACACAGAGCUUUAUAACACAGCCACAGGCGCAGUGCAAAUCUAUGAUGGCAUGGAGGGGAAAGUGACCAAUGGGGCGCGAGAUAGCGUGGCGUCGCUUCCCGUUGACAUCAGCAACAGGAGCAGCUACAGUAUCCCAGCCACAGUAUAGAGAUGCCCCACAAUGGGCAGGACUUUAAUUGAAAUUAUCUUUUAACUUUGAAAGCAAAAGGAUGUUCUAUGAAAGGACUUUGAGAGCAACAAGAGGCAGUAAUGUUUGUGAUGUCGAGUGUUGUAGGAUUUGGACACUUCUUCACUGAUGAGUUUCCUCAGUUAAACGGAGGGGCGUGUUAUGAAACGAUAUAAACCAGGACCUGCUGCUCCCUCUCCCCUCCUCCUGCAAUCUAAAUGGCCACCAUUGAUUUUAUACUUAACAUUGAUGUCUUUGUCCUUUGUUUCUUCCAUCACCACAUCUGUGUAAUUUCAUGUUUGUCUGAUGUGCAUGUCUAAAUGGCUUUGGUGACAGAUUGAUUUGUAUAUACAUUUUAUCACUAUCACAGGAAAUGUGUGUAUAUAUUUUGGUUGAUAACCUUACUGGUUGGAAGAGACACUUGUAGAAUAAAG